AUGGUAGUGAUAAUUGAAGCUCAAAAUGAUGUUUCAUUAAAUGUUCUUUUACUUUUAUUUCAUGUGCGAACAACAGGCCGUGAUUGCAAGAGUAAACAAGAUGAAAACCGGAAUUUUAAUCUGACCAAACAUCCACAAAAAAAAACACUGCAUGUCAUUGGCCAACACUUGACGGAUGAAUUCAGCUUUUUCUGUCUGUCUUGUGGUUAUGCAAAUCUCAUGCUUAUUUGA